AUGAACAAAGAAGAAGAACCUAUUUAAGAACCAUUAAUUAAUGAUGGCAAUUAAUAAACUAAAGGAAAAAGUAACAGGGGAAUGUCUCAAUUGUCAGCUUUGACUGAACAAUCAAAGAAUGAGACUCAUCUUUAUGAAAUUCCAGAUCUAUCUAAUGUUACGCAAAAUGUUCUUUGUCGUUUAAUAGCAGUUUCAGUUGUUUGCAUAGUAUUUUUGAUAGCAGAAGUUUUUAUUUUGAUUUAAGUUUUAAGGUAGUAGGAGGAUUAUGGGCAUAAUCACUAGCCAUAUUAUCUGACGCAGCUCAUAUGUUUUCUGAUAUGAGUGGGUUUUUUAUAUCAAUUUUUUCAAUUUGGUUGAGUUAACGACCUGCAUCUUAGAAAAUGUCUUUUGGAUAUCAUCGAGCAGAAGUAAUUGGAGCAUUGGCAAGUAUCGUAUUGAUUUGGGGUCUGACUAUUUUAUUGUUAUAUGAGGCAACAGAAAGAAUGAUAAACAAGUCUUUGGUAACUGAACCACUUAUAAUGUUAAUUACAGCAGGAUUUGGAUUAUUUUGUAAUUUAGUAAUGGCAAAAGUAUUGCAUUCAUCACCAACUGGUGGACAUGAUCAUGGAAAUAUUAUGCAUUAAUGUAGUGGACAUCAUCAUGGUCAUGAUCAUAAUCACGAACAUAAUCAUGAACAUGAACAUGAUCAUCAUGAAGGUGAAAAAAAAAAAUAAAAGAAGAAAUAUCAUGUUAAAUAAAAACGAUCUAUGGUUAGUGAGAAUGGAGUAAGUAUGUUAGUUGUUGAAUAAAGUAUUGAAUCUGANAAAAUCAUCCAUAAUCAUAUUAGAAAUAAUAUAUUUUCAAUAUUCAACUUCAAAAUUGGGAUAUAUGUAAACAUUUAUGAUUAUAAUUAACUUUCGUUAUAAUUUUUUUGA